AUGUUCUUAACAAUAAUAACUUCUAUAACUUGGUUUUUAUCUUUAAAAUUUAAAAAAGAUUAUAUUAAGCAGUUUUAUAGAAAUAUUUUACAUAUAACACUUUCGUUUAAUACAGCUUUAAUAUUGAUAUUUUGGCCUAUUUAUUUUACAGAUAAGAAAUUGUUAUUAUCUGAUAGUGUUGUAAAACAUAAGAUUUAUGGUAAUAUUUUCUGGCAGUUAUUAGAACACUUUAUUCCGUUUAUUUAUACUUUUAUAUCGCUUAAAGACGUAAAAUUUACCACCAGUUCUGAUAAAUAUAUUUUGAUUACGUUUUUAUAUUAUUCGAUUGUUUUGAUUAUUCAUAAAAAAAUUUACAAAGGGUAUCCUUAUAAAUUUAUGAAAUUACUUGAUAAAAGCAUUUUUAAUAUUCCAAUAGUAAUUUUAUUUACAUCAUUAUUCUGUCUGUUAAUUAAUAGAGUUUAUUUGUAUGUAAACAAAAAAGUAAUUAAUUAA